AUGGCCUCUGCAGCUGCUGCCCCGCCUAAGAUUGGCAUUAUGGGUAGAAUUGGUCUAGAUAAUCCUGAAAUUUUAGAAGGAAGAACUGAAAAAUAUUUUGAUAUACCAUAUGACAAGCCAUCAGAUGCCUUAAUUUUGGGUAAAAUAAAAAAUGUUGACUGCGUCCUACUUGCAAGGCAUGUCAGGCUGCAUACCAUAAUGCCUUCAAAUAUCAACUUUCAAGCAAACACUUGGGAAUUAAAGGAAGAGGGAUGCACUCACAUUAUAGUGACUACUGCAUGUGGUUCUUUAAGGGAAGAAAUUCAACCUGGAGACAUUGUUAUAAUUGACCAGUUUAUUGACAAGACAACCCAAAGACCUCAAACCUUCUAUGAUGGAAGCCAUGCCUGCUCUGGAGGAGUGUCUCACAUUCCAAUGCCUGAGCCAUUUUGCUCCAAAAUGAGAGAGGUUUCAGUUGAGGAUGUCAUGAAGAAUCUGAAAGAAAAUUCAAAUAAAGCCACAGUUUACUUUUUUACUGAAAUACCACAGAUCAGGUCAAUGGAAUGGACAGAAUCACUGUGCAACAUGAAACAUGUGGUCCAGUUUUCCAUUAUUUUACUAAGACACUGA